UUGGCUUUUAAUGAUUCCCUCUUGAACUGUGAGGAGAGUCUUAUGAAAAUUCCCAUUUUACAAUUUUUUUUUUAUCUAUAUUACAAUCACCUUAAGUUCCUCAACCCUUAGUAAAGUCCAUUAACAGUCUGAUGUGAUGCUGAUGUGGAAGAUGAAAAAAUGGAAAUCUGGCUGCUUGGUGCUCAUGGGUCAACUAAUGCCUCUUCAGUGCAGCAGCAUCCUGCCAGCCUACUGAGGUCCAAGAUGCGGGAAAUUCUGUUGUGCAGUAGUAAGGGAGGGGAGGAGCUUGUGAGCCAGAGGGGCUGAACGGACAAUUUUUGUAAGGUGCAGCACCACUUCCCCGAUUUAUACGAAAGGUAAGUGCCAUCUGAAGCAGAGAAGGCUGAUGCUUGGGUUAUAGAUAAAGUGCAAUCUUUGUGUCAGAGAUGCCCUUGUUCCCCACUGUGGCCCAGGGAACUCACAGUCUCAUUAGGCAAAGAGGGAGUCCUCUGUACCUGACCACUGAUUAUAGCUCUUUCAAAAGAACCUAAGGUCUGUCUGAUAAGAUCUCCUUCUUUUCAAGGCUCAAAUCCUGUUUGAGGACUCCCUGGGUACAUGGUCAUUGCAUUGCCUUGUCUCUUCAGACUAAUAAGCACCAUUUUUCUCUUGAAAUUUUUUCAGUUCUAGAACGCAUAAUUUAUUGAUUUUCUAAAGAAGACAGCUGUGCAGAGCUUAUUCCUCAAGAGAGUAUCUCUAUUUACUAAGGGAAUGACAAGACAUCCUUAUCCCUGCAUUCUUUCUGUGAAGGAGCUGUCCACUUAUUUCCUGUUCUCAGGGGGAAGUGCUGAUCCCACCCUCCACCCCCAAUUUCCAAUGCAAUGUUGAAAUUGAGCCCACAACAGCUUCUAAAAUCUGCUAAUGCUAGAGGCCCACCUGAAAUUCUCCACUGUCAGCCUGAGAAACGGAAAUACUCCACACACACUGUCAGCACUUGCUAUGCUUUCUUGGAGUCAUAAAACACAGGCCUCUGGUCGUCCUUGACAUUUAACUUAACUUUCUUAUUUUUCAGAUACAACUGAUUCUAAAACUUUCAACUACUAAAACUUUUAUUCUUAACGAGUGCAAUUAGGAUUCACUUAUAAGAAAACACACUCUCUUUUUUUGGUGACUUUCAAUUUAUAUUCAAACAUGACAUACAAAAUUUCUAAUUUGUAAGCUCGGUUUCCGUAACAGCAUCAUUGGAGGCACAAUUUUGCUCAAGAUCCUGUGAUCUACACUAUACCAACCUAGGAACUCUAGAGUCAGAAUCUUGGAGCAUCUUAAAGCUCAAGGUUUUAGAAACGUCUGAAUCUGCUUGGACCUUCCAGUCUGCCAAAGGCCUCACCACUCCACAAUCUUUCACUUUAACCUUGGACUUUCCUUGCCUAGCCUCUGAAAGCAUGUGAGUUUGCCACUCUGGGUUUUAUUUCAAUUCCCUGGUUCUACAGUUGAGAAAAGCAGAUGGCAAAGAGAGGAAACGACUUUCCUGGGGAAGCCGUUCUGGAAAACAGAUCACAAUUUCCUGCUCUCUCACUACACUACUCUCCCUUUUAGACACACACUUUGUACUAUGGCCAAAAUCAACAUUCACCACCAAAGAGAAAUGGAGAAUCUGUGAUUCUCCCAGUGUUUUAGAAAGAAGAGUUGUUUGGGAAUGGCAACAAUUUCUUGUCUGUUAUGCGUGUCCAUGUAGGUAGAAAGUUCCCCUAAAUUCAAUACCAAGUGUGGCCCACCUCCAACUAACAGAUAGGAGAAAGCUGAAGACGCUGUCCAGAUCAGAAACCUCGUCUCCUAGCUCAAGUUUCUACCCGAGUCCGCAGAGAACGGACCGGAAGUGGCGUGCAGCCUCACGGAGGAGGGAACUACGAAUACCACCGAGAAAGGUGCAGCCUUUAAAAAGUUCCCCUCCUAGUUGUGCGUCCGCCCGGUUCCGUGGCCGACGAAGGGGUGGGUAGCCGACGUCUUGAGCGGCGCUGGACAGCUGGUGAGAUGCCGGGCGGGGGCCGCUGCCCGGACUGCGGCUCUACCGAGCUGGUGGAGGACUCGCACUAUGCGCAGAGCCAGCUGGUGUGCUCCGACUGCGGCUGCGUGGUCACCGAGGGCGUCCUUACCACCACCUACAGCGACGAGGGCAACCUCCGAGAAGUCACAUAUUCCCGAAGCACAGGGGAAAAUGAACAAGUGAGUCGCAGCCAGCAACGAGGUCUCCGCCGAGUGAGAGACCUUUGUCGAGUUCUGAAGUUGCCACCGACAUUUGAGGACACUGCAGUUGCCUACUACCAACAGGCAUACCGGCACUCUGGCAUCCGUGCUGCCAGGCUGCAAAAGAAGGAGGUCUUGGUCGGGUGCUGUGUCUUAAUCACCUGCCGGCAGCAUAACUGGCCUGUCACCAUGGGAACCCUCUGCACCCUGCUGUACGCAGAUUUGGAUGCAUUUUCUGGAACCUACAUGCAGAUAGUGAAGCUUCUGGGGCUGGACGUGCCGUCCCUGUGCUUGGCAGACCUGGUGAAGACCUACUGUAGCAGCUUCAAACUGUUCCAGCCCUCCCCAUCUGUGCCAGCCAAAUAUGUGGAAGACAAAGAGAAGAUGCUGUCGCGAACACAGCAGUUGGUGGAGCUGGCAGAUGAGACGUGGCUAGUGACGGGGCGGCAUCCCUUGCCUGUCAUCACUGCUGCUACCUUCCUGGCUUGGCAGUCGCUGCGACCUUCAGAUCGACUGACAUGUUCCCUUGCCCGAUUUUGUAAAUUGGCAAAUGUGGACCUGCCCUACCCCGCUUCCUCUCGCCUGCAGGAGCUGCUCGCUGUGCUGCUGCGGAUGGCUGAGCAGCUGGCCUGGUUGCAGGUUCUGAAACUUAACAAACGGUCUGUGGUGAAGCACAUCGGCGACCUUCUGCAGCACCGCCGCACGUUGGUCCGCAAGGCCUUUCGAGAUGGAACAGCAGAGACGGAGCCCCAGGAGAAGGAGCUGCAAGAGCAAGGACAGGGGCAAGGACAGGGAAAAGAGGAGGUGGGGGGUAGUUCCUUAGAUUUGCCUGAGGGGAAGCGACCAGCUAGUCCUGCCCUUCUCCUCCCCCCCUGCAUGUUGAAGCCCCCGAAGCGGACCUGUCCCAUGCCCCCUGUCCCCAUGGUCACCGGAGAUGAGAAUAUUUCUGAUAGUGAAAUAGAGCAGUAUUUGCGUACCCCUCAGGAAGUUAGGGACUUUCAAAAAGCCCAAGCUGCUAGCCGGGCCGCCAUGAGUAUUCCUCACCCUCCCUGAUGCACAUCUGGGGGGCACUUCAUCCCAUCUGACAGCAGCUCGACAAUAGGCCUGUCAUAUCCAGAGAAAUAAGUGCAUACAAGUUCUUAGGUAUUGUCUUUCUCGUUCAAAGGCACCGAGAGGGGCUCUGCAGUUCAUUGGGUCCAGGUCCUGGAGCAGAAGUCAGGAGGAAUGCAGCGAGGCCUGGGUUGGAGGGAGUCCCAUCCCUUGGUGCCAGAGAGCGGGCUGCAUAUAUUCAUAUCCCGUGGGAUGGCCUUCCUCUUAGACUGUUGGGAGAGUGGCGGCUCUCUCCUGCUCCUGGUUUGAAUUGGAUACACUACUGCUCCAGGCCUGGCGGGGCCUCCCUGCUGGUGUGGAGCCGUUGGCAUUUCCAACGGCAUCAGCCCUCAGAGGACAGGACCUGGGCAGCUCGGCCCUGUGUCGUUCACAGGCCGUGGUGGGUUCCUGUGUACGGUGUCAUGAGAUCCUCUACGUCAUAACAAAAGGACUGUGGGUGGACUAAGGCUAUAGCUCAAAGGGCUUUGCAAAAUUUUAAUAUAUUAAAACAAGAGGCAUCUGCUAGAAAACAUUCUAUUGUAUAAACCCGAGCUUUUGAAAA